CGCACGCGCUACAGUCUCUCUCUCUCUCUCUCUCUUCUCUUUCUCUCUGCAAGGUGGGUCGUAUCCAAGGGAAGGGGGAGACACAGCAGAAAGUUUCCCCUUUUUCCACAUCUCCAUAUAAGCCCCCCGAUCACUGUCUAGGGUUUCCAUUUUUCACUUCUCUUUCUUCUACAAGAGGAGCUCCAGAUGAUGGUGGGUCUGAAGAGUGAGCAGAGGGCUUGGCAUUAGGGUGAUGUGGGAAAGAGGGGGCUCUCUCGACAGAGAGCGCCUGCAUUUUCUGUUCCUUGUCUGUUUUUAACGGCACCCAACCCCGGGGAGAAGGAGUCUUUCUCCUUCCCCUCCUCUUUCAAAGAAAGAGAGAGAGAGAGAGGGUGCAAAAGAAGGGCCUUUUCCUCUUUCUUGUGGUUGUCGUGGUGGCACCUGUUUCCCUGAAGGUUUUCUCUUUGGUGGGUGGGAGGGUCUUUUAUUGAGCUAGGGUGUGGUGGUGAUGGCUCUCUGCGUUCAGAAGGAAGGGAAGAACAGCCAGAUGGACAGCAGCAAGUACGUGAGAUACACUCCUGAGCAGGUGGAGGCGUUGGAGAGGGUAUAUUCUGAGUGCCCCAAACCUAGCUCGUUGAGGAGGCAACAGUUAAUCAGGGAGUGCCCCAUUCUGGCAAAUAUUGAGCCCAAGCAGAUCAAAGUUUGGUUUCAGAACAGGAGGUGCCGCGAGAAGCAGCGGAAGGAAGCAUCUCGAUUGCAGACUGUGAAUCGGAAGCUGACCGCAAUGAACAAGUUGUUGAUGGAGGAGAAUGAUCGUCUGCAGAAGCAAGUCUCUCAGUUGGUGUACGAAAAUGGCUACAUGAGGCAGCAGUUGCAGAAUGCUUCUGUAACAACCACUGAUACUAGCUGUGAAUCUGUGGUUACAAGCGGUCAGCAUCAGCAGAACCCUACUCCCCAGCAUCCUCCGAGGGAUGCAAACAACCCAGCAGGACUCCUGUCUAUUGCAGAGGACACCUUGGCAGAGUUCCUUCCGAAGGCUACUGGAACUACUGUCGACUGGGUCCAGAUGCUUGGGAUGAAGCCUGGUCCGGAUUCUAUUGGCAUUGUUGCUGUUUCACACAAUUGCAGCGGUGUGGCAGCACGUGCCUGCGGUCUUGUGAGUUUAGAACCUCCUAAGGUUGCUGAAAUACUCAAGGAUCGCUUGUCUUGGUUCCGUGAUUGUCGCUCUCUUGAUGUAUUGAGUGUUCUCCCAACAGGAAAUGGAGGGACCAUAGAACUGAUAUAUAUGCAGACUUACGCUCCUACAACACUUGCAUCUGCACGUGACUUUUGGACAUUGAGAUAUACAACUGGUUUGGAGGACGGCAGCCUUGUGGUGUGUGAAAGAUCUCUGACGUCUUCGAUUGGUGGUCCAUCUGGACCUACCACCCCAAAUUUUGUUAGAGCUGAAGUACUUCCUAGUGGUUGCCUUAUCCGUCCAUGUGAAGGUGGAGGUUCCAUAAUUCACAUAGUAGAUCACGUUGAUUUGGAUGCUUGGAGUGUACCUGAAGUGCUUCGACCACUGUAUGAAUCAUCCAAAAUCCUUGCACAGAAAAUGACCCUGGCUGCAUUGCGUCACAUAAGGCAAGUAGCACAUGAAGCCAGUGGUGAAGUUGCUUAUGGUAGCGGUCAUCAGCCAGCUGUUCUUAGGACUUUUAGUCAGAGAUUGAGCAGGGGAUUUAAUGAUGCGGUAAAUGGGUUUGCUGAUGAUGGUUGGUCCCUAAUGAAUAGUGAUGGUGUGGAGGAUGUGACCAUUGUUGUGAAUUCUUCUCCUGGCAAACUUCUUGGUGGUCAUCUGACCUCUUGUGCUGCAUUUUGUGCUCCUGGCGGUGGUGUCCUCUGUGCAAAGGCUUCUAUGCUGCUACAGAAUGUUCCCCCAGCACUGCUUGUUCGUUUUCUGAGAGAGCACCGUUCAGAAUGGGCUGAUUGUGGCAUUGAUGCCUUCUCUGCUGCUUCUCUGAAAGGCAGUCCUUAUAGUAUUGCUGGGUCAAGGUUUGGAAGAUUUGCUGGUGGUCAGGUUGCUCUGCCUCUUGCCCAAACACUGGAACGGGAAGAACUACUGGAGGUAAUCCGCUUAGAGAGUCAUGGCUUCACUCACGAUGAUGGAGUUUUACCAAGAGACAUGUACUUGUUGCAGCUUUGCAGUGGAGUUGAUGAGAAUGCAGUUGGAGCCUGUGCCCAGCUUGUAUUUGCUCCUAUCGACGAGUCAUUUGCUGAUGAUGCUCCGUUACUUCCUUCUGGGUUUCGAGUUAUUCCACUGGAGUCUAAAUCACUAAAUUGUCCUUUGUUUCAGGACAUUCCUACUGGUAAUCGUACUCUUGAUUUAGCAUCUUCUCUUGAAGUUGGUUCUGGUGUCACGCGACCCUGUGCUGAUGCUACCACAAAUGAAUAUAAUCUGAGAUCAGUCCUCACAAUUGCUUUCCAAUUCACAUAUGAGAACCACUUGAGGGACAAUGUGGCUGCAAUGGCUCGGCAGUAUGUACGCAGUGUAAUUGCAUCAGUUCAGAGGGUUGCAAUGGCGAUAGCUCCAUCUAGAUUGAGUCCACAUAUUGCCUCCAAAACACCUCCUGGUUCUCCUGAGGCUCUCACACUUGCAAGAUGGAUUUCCCGCAGCUACCGAUUGCACACUGGAAUGGAACUUUUCCGAGCUGAUUGCCAAGCAAGUGAAUCUGUGCUGAAACUGAUGUGGUAUCACAGCGAUGCCAUCAUGUGCUGCUCUAUGAAGGCAAGUGCAUCCCCUGUUUUCACGUUUGCCAAUCAGGGAGGCCUUGACAUGUUAGAGACAACCUUGGUCGCUCUUCAGGACAUAAUGCUUGAUAAAGUUCUCGAUGAGAAUGGCAGGAAGGCUCUAUGCUCUGAGUUCCCAAAAGUCAUGCAACAGGGUUUUGCAUACCUGCCUGCCGGGAUCUGCACGUCGAGCAUGGGCAGGCCUGUCUCCUACGAACAGGCCGUAGCAUGGAAGGUUUUGAACGAGGAAGAAUGCCCUCACUGCUUUGCCUUUAUGUUCGUCAACUGGUCAUUCGUCUGACAAGUUGUCUUUGUUGGUUGGCAAAAUUUUGAAAGUAGCUUGUGAACUGACUCUUUUGGGCCUUUCGGUUUUCUUCUUUUUUGUUUCCUAAACAUCAGUAUGGUGAUGACUGUUAGACCAUGGUUGUUGUCAUAUUGAUAUCCUCUCCCGCAUACUAUUUAGAUUUUGCUUUGUGGGUUGUUAGAGGAUAUGAAGUAUACUGCGUCAUAUACAAUGUUAUGUCAUCUAUUUUGGGUAUUUUUGGUUCUGUUUCA